UUAUAGAAAAUUGUGCUGGUAUAAUUGUACUAGAAUUAUUAUUUCAUUUCUGGAUUAUAGUGGAAUAUACCAGAAUGAGUGAUUCAAAAGUGCGCAAUAGAAUUUCUUCAGAUAAGUUCUAAAUUCAUCAAACAUAGCAACAAUCAAAACACUUCAAAAAACAUUUUUAAAAAAAUUGUCCCGAUGUUUAAGACAUCAAUCAGAUUCAGUAUUAAAUUUUCUGGAUUAUUAAAAUAAUCAAGUGUGAGUGAUUAAAAAGUGCAGUGCUCUGGAAUUUCCAUGUGAUGGGUUCAAUUUUAUUGGUGUGAAGCGUGUGAUUUCGUGACAUUCGGUCAAUAUUGUGUUCAACAUGGAGUACACAUUGCAUCGAGGAAUAAUCGACCCGGAAAAGGCGAUCGAGUAUUCGUAUCUCAGGAACACGAAAGGCAACCACGAGGUCAAGAACACAGAAGCCUUCUUGUGAAAUUUCAACUCAGUGGAAAAGAAACUAGUUUGCACAAAGAGAAAUCUGGAUAUCAAUCAUCUUCCAGAGCCUAUUAUUAGAUAAUGGUAAUGACUGAAUGAUAAAAAUUGCAAAAAUAUUGAGUCGAUAAAGACAUGUUAUAACGGAUUAGCUAAUCAACUCCUCAAGGCUAGAGAAAUUUUCCAAGCUAAGCUAAAAUAACGCCCAAGAAAACUGACGAAAUUGUUUUUUGAGUUCGCUUAAAUUUGAAAGGAUGAUCCACUAAGGUUGUGAAGAAAGAUUAACUUGUAUUACCGAAGUACCUCUUGUCUCAUGUUCCUAAGUUGUCAAUAAUACCAAAGCAAAUAUUUAUACUCAUAAGUAGUGAAGAAAUACAAUAAAAAAUAAACUAAAAGAGUAAAUAUUUAUUAAUUAUAUAUAGUGAAAUAGAAAGCCACUUAUGAUUUUAAAAUUGGAAACAUCACCAGUGCAGCAAACUUUGCACAAACAAAAAAAGGGAUGAGAGCUUGGAUGAAAGAAGCUAAUCAGCGAAUUUUUUGAGAAAUUAAAUGAGUAGGACUGGAUUCGAAAUAGAAGUUGAUGGAGAUGCCUAUUUCGCAAAAAAGGUCUUCGUCCAGUAUUAAUAAGAAAUUAGAAGACAGUGUGGCAAAUGAAAAAUCAGCAUCGCCAUGGAGUGAACUUUUGGUGAAUUCUGCAGUUCCAGCAACGGCGGUUGCUAUAAAGUUAAGUGAGGAUUCGCCGGAUGAAAUAGCAAAGAUUUCUACUAAUAAGGACAAAUUGGGAGUGCUUAGUAGUUUUCAGAGACGAACUUUUAGUAGACUCAGUUUCAAAGGUGAAGGUGGACCACUUUUGAGAGUUGGAUAUCGACAUGCGAAGUUUAGUUCGAAACGACUUCGAAAGAGGGUAGUUUUGAAACAUGGAGAGUGCAACGUUGUUCAAGGAAAUGUUGCUAAACGAAGACGUCGUUAUUUACAGGAUAUUUUCACAACCUUGGUAGACGCUCAAUGGAGAUGGACACUUUUGGUGUUCUCUAUGAACUUCCUGCUCUCUUGGCUUGGAUUUGCCAUUGUGUGGUGGCUCAUCGUUUACACUCAUGGUGACCUCGACUCCAAGAAUUACAAUAAUCCCAACAUUACUUUCAUCCCGUGUGUGAGAGAAAUUCAUGGAUUCACCAGCUGUUUUUUAUUCUCUGUUGAAACUCAACACACAAUUGGUUAUGGUUCAAAACACACAACCGAAGAAUGUCCGGAGGCGAUUUUUGUAAUGUGCAUACAAUCGAUGACAGGAGUGAUAUUACAAGCUUUCAUGGUGGGAAUUGUUUUUGCCAAAUUGUCUCGACCAAAAAAGAGAACGCAGACGCUGCUAUUUUCAAGGAACGCAGUAAUUUGUCAAAGAGAUGGACAACCUUGUCUCAUGUUUCGAGUCGGCGACAUGCGGAAGAGUCACAUUAUAGAGGCUCAUGUGAGAGCUCAAAUGAUUAAAAAAAAGGUGACGAGAGAAGGGGAAUUGCUUCCUUUUUUUCAAACUGAACUGAAAGUUGGCGGAGAUGGCGAGGAAGAUAAAAUUUUUUUUAUCUGGCCUACGACGAUAGUCCACAAAAUAGAUGAAAAAUCACCACUUUAUAAAAUCUCUGCGAGUGAUAUGCUUCACGAAAGAUUUGAGAUUGUGGUAAUAUUAGAAGGUGUGAUUGAAUCGACAGGAAUGACAACUCAAGCGAGGAGUUCAUACCUCCCUUCUGAAAUUUUAUGGGGUCACAGAUUUGAAAAUAUUCUACAAUUUCGGAAAGAUCUUAAGGAAUAUGAAGUGAAUUAUACACUUUUUAAUAAUACCUACGAAGUGGAUACCCCAUUAUGUUCAGCAGAGCAAUUGGACCAAGUCAAAGCCUUGCAUCGAGCAAAAGGAGAGCACGUGAGCACGGGAACGUUUCCUGGCUAUCGAGACGACUCCAGCAGCUCCCUCACUUCCGCUUCCGGUUCCAGUUUGGCAUCGUCGACUGGCGGUUUACAUAUGCAUGCACCUACGCCACCCACACCAAUUCCAGUAAUGAUUACUGGUCCUGACGACUCGCCAUCGCGACGUGCAAGCAUAAACAAUCAAGUCGAUCACAAACUUGCGACUUUUUACACCCAAGAUGAGACUUCGGAACCAGAGGGGUUUCAAAGAGAUUCCUCUUUUAUUUCAACGAAUCAGAUAGACGAAAGCCAAGAACAUUAUAACAAGGUCCUGGAAAAUAUCAAUGCUAGUCUUAGAAGAAAUAGAAGACAAAGUCUCCAGGGGAAGCAGGACAGAAAAAUGCAACGUGAAGGAUCGAGAGCAACUUUAGAAUCAGUAAGAAUCGAUCAUUCAAGUCAUGUUGGCAAUUUGAAGAGCACUCCUUCCAACUCUCAACUGGAGAUGAAGCCCAAAAGGUAUCCCGAUUCUCCAGAAAGAAUGCACGAGCCAACGAAUUCUCACCACCUUCCCAGAAGAUCUAGUCUUUGCGAAAAAAACAAAGGAAAGCAAGAGAUGCAGAAAAAAACUACCUUUGAUUUAAAAGAAGAUGAUCUUUCGGGAAAUGCUGAGCAGCAAAAAAAAGAAAAUUCUUUAAGAAUUUCGCCUCCAACACCUCCAAGAAUACCGCCGAGGCCGGAAAUCGUAUUAGCGGUUAGAAAGAAUAAUCAUCAGGCUCAAAUGACUAAUCCCCAGGAGCAGGUGUAAUCAAUCGAGUCUGUAACUGGUGCACAAAAAAUGGGACCUGAGUAAAAUCGACACGAAAAAUAGUUAAGGCAGGCAUAAUGGAAAGGGUCUUUCGUUACCCUGUGAUUUCCAAAAAUCAAAGCUCAUUCUCACCAAUUAGUUGUUAAAAAAAAUAGAGUUUCAACUAAAAUUCCGAGAUCAGUAAAAAAUAUAAAUCAGAAGGAACACCCUCAUUUUUGGGUCAAAAUUAAAAGAAAAAACGAAAAAAAAAAAACAAAUUUUCAAAAUGCAAAAAAGGAAAUCGAGCGAAGUGAUUGGGUGAGAAAAGUGUGGAAUGGAGGAGCCACAAAAGCUCUUCCGUCUACCAGGGACUAUCGAAGAGGAAGAGGAAAGGGAGGUCGAAAUUGAAAAUAAUUUACAAUAUCCACCAAGGGCAGAAUCACCUUUACUGGGUCAAAAAAA